AUAGAGAGAGAGAGAGAGAGAGAGAGAGAGAGAGAGAGGAAUAGAAAUACUAGUACCUGUUUUUGUGUGUCUCGUGAAGCAGCUGUUGAGGUGAGAGAAAGUAACAUACAGAGAGAAACAAGAGAGAGAAAGUAGAGAGAGAGAGAGAGGAUUGAUUGGAGUGGAGGGAUGGCAAAUGAAAAGCUGUAGCUUUUCUUUUUACUAUCGUCUCCUCCAUUAACCAACCAUAUUUACUUUCUCUCUCUAGCUAGACAAGAGAGAAAACCAGUUCGUAGUAGUAGUAGUAACUAGUAACUCUCUCUCUCUCUAACAAUUCACAUUCAUUCAUUCAUUCUUUGGUUUGGUUCGGCCCUUUUCUUUUCAAAUCACGAGAUCCCCAUCUCCCCUUCUCUAUCUCUUCAUUUCAACCCCUUCUCCGUCGAUUUGUAUCCCCUCUUAUUAUUAUUUUUUUUAUUUUUAUUUCUCAUUGUUUACAUUACUGUAAUGCUUACAUACUACUGGUUAUAUACAUAGACACAUUUAUAUUUUAUACUAGAGAGAGAAACAGAGGUCUGUGUUGAAAAUGUCGUUGCAUACUGGGAAAAUCAUGGCGGAAGCACGGGCGGAAGCGCUGUCGGAUCGGCUGCGGAACACGUUAACCCACGUCGGAGCUAACGUCGACAAGCCGGACUUCAGGGAGCUCGAUCUGGGCUCGCCCGUCUCGCCGCUCCGUCCACGAACCGGCGGCGGGCUCUCUGCCUCCGCCUCCGCCUCCGCCGCCACCACCAGUAGCAGUUCCAGUUCAUCGGGAUCUGCGACGGGCCGUACGUCGGGCGGGCCCAGCCCGCACAUCCCGAGGAAGUCCGAUUCGGGCAGCCCGAACCACUCGGGGGAGCUCUACGUCAAGAGCUCCCCCACCACGCCCCGCAACUUCAAACCGGGUCACACCCGGUCGCGCUCGUGCGGGUCACACCAUCUGAUUUUCUCCGGUUCUUCCGGAUCCGUCACCUCUCCCGCCGCCAACGUUGUCCCCACCGGAAACAUCUGCCCCUCCGGCCGGGUUCUUAAAGCCGGCAUGACUCCCCGGUCAACCAAGCCCGACAUUCUCGGUUCCGGCUCGGGCAACUACGGCCACGGCAGCAUAAUGCGCGGCGGUCUGCUACCCAAAUCCAGUUCCGACAGUGGCCCCACAAAUUACUCCAGAAUCGAACCGAAGAAGAAGAUGGAAAUGUGCAGCAGCAAUGAUCCAGAAGAAUUGAAGAGAAUGGGGAACGAUAAUUACAAGAACGGCCAUUUCGCGGAGGCUUUGACCCUUUACGAGAAGGCCAUCGCGAUUUCGCCGAGCAAUGCCGCCUACCAUUUCAAUCGAGCGGCGGCACUAAUGGGGCUGCGGCGGCUGUUUGAAGCGGUGCGAGAAUGCGAGGAGGCUAUUAGGUUAGAUCCGGGUUAUGUGAGGGCGCACCAUCGAUUGGGAUCUUUGUUUCUUAGUUUAGGGCAGGUUGAAAAUGCGAGGAAGCACGUUUAUCUCUCGGGGCAUCAACCAGAUCCCGUAGAGAUGGAAAAAUUGCAUUCGUUGGAAAAGCAUCUUAACAAUUGCACCGAUUCCCGAAACAUCGGUGAUUGGAAAAGCACGUUAAGGGAAGUCGAUUCCGCCAUUGCAUCUUGUGCCGAUGCUUCGCCUCAGCUAUUUGCAUGUAGAGCAGAAGCUCAUUUGAAUCUACACCAACUAGACGAUGCUUUGUUGGCUAUGUCACGUGUAUCGAAAUCCGAGGCAUCUAUAGUAAGCUCAACUAAUCCGCCGGCAAAGAUUUUUGGGAUGUUGUGUGAAGCGUAUUUGUUUUUCGUUAGAACUCAGGUUGAGUUGUCUAGAGGAAGAUUCGAGGGUGCUCUAACAGCUGUGGAAAAAGCCGGACACAUAGACCCCCACAACAUCGAAAUAUCAAAUCUAAUAAACAAUGUGAAAUUAGUGUGUCGAGCACGUGCUCGUGGAAAUGACUUGUUCAAAUCGGAAAGAUUCACCGAGGCUUGCUCAGCUUACGGCGAAGGCCUACGGCUUUAUCCUUCGAACUCAGUUCUUUAUUGCAAUAGAGCAGCUUGUUGGUUCAAGCUCGGCCAGUGGGCCCGCUCGGUCGAUGAUUGCAACCAAGCCCUCCGUUUUCAGCCUAGUUACAUCAAAGCCCUUCUCAGAAGGGCUUCUUCAAACACCAAGCUCGAGCGAUGGAGCGAAGCUGUGAGAGAUUACGAGGUUUUGAGAAGGGAACUACCGAAUGAUAAUGAAGUCGCUGAGUCACUGUUCCACGCGCAAGUUGCGCUGAAAAAAUCGCGUGGAGAAGAUGUAUCUAAUAUGAAAUUCGGUGGCGAAGUGGAGUCUAUUUCUGGAAUCGACCAGUUCAAAUCUGCAAUUUCUUCGUCUGGUGCAACUGUUGUCCAUUUCGAAUCGUGUUCCAAUGUACAAUGCAAACAAAUAUCUCCGUUUUUGGAUACAUUAUGCACCCGAUAUCCAUCCAUUAGUUUUCUCAAGGUUGAUAUUGAAGAAAGUCCGGCAAUUGCUCAAGCGGAGAAUGUUAGAAUAGUGCCGACAUUCAAGAUAUACAGAAAGGGCAUCCGAGUGAAAGAAAUCGUUUGCCCGAGUCACGAGGUUCUUGAGUCCACGGUGAGGCAUUACAGUAUUUAACAAAAAUCAUGCAAAUGCAAAACGGAAUUCGAACAAGGGAUUAUUAUUAGUACGGCGAUCUCUUAUUGGAUAAUAAUCUCGUUAGGAAAAAAAACACACACACACACCACACCCCAAAAUGCCGAUGGAAUUUCAAGAAACAAUAUUAGCUUAAUUCCCUUUUGCUCGUUUUAUUCAUUCGUUCAUUCAUAUGGUGGAAUUCGAACACAUCUCUCGUUGUAUUUUUUUUCCUUCGUCGACUUUAAAUCGAUUUUAAACCUAUUAGGGUUUGGGGUUUGGGGUGGGGGUGGGGGUGGGGGUGGGGGUGGGGGUGCACUUGUACAUGCAUGUAUUGUUGUAUGAUGAUAUAUACACACAGCAUUGGAAGCCAAUUGAAGGAAGAUGAUCAAUAAUUAUUAUUUUUUCUCAUUUAUUAUUUAUUUUUGUAAUUCAUGUUAUUUUAUUUUAUUUAUAAUGUAAUGAUUCUUUGGAGAUAUAUGUUGACAUUUGUUCCUCCAUGUAUUUGUACAAGACAUGUCUUUUUCUUACAUUGGAUUAUUGGAAUAUAAAUUGUGUUCAUA